AUGGCCCUCCUGGAGGAAUACAAGUUAUCUCAGACAAAAGAAAAUUUACUACCCCUUCAAGGACAACUUUGGCACCUUUGGUGCAAGAAAGACAAAGAAUUCUAUCAUCUGAGAGAAAAGGGGAAUCGAAGCAUCGAACAACAUAAGAGUGAGAUUGAAACAGAGAAAAGAAUAAUUCGACGUCAGCAAUUAAAAAAGGCCUUUCCUCUCAAUGAUUUAAUGCGAUCUGUUCUUGAACUCCUCCAAGACUACUCAGAAACCUAUAACAAACUGUACUUUUUGCAGUGGCUGACUCUGUUUUUUGACAACCUGACAAUAGAACACCUGGAAAAAUUACAUGAAAAGCAAAGAUCUUUGUGGUUAAGGAUACAAACAGAAAAGCAAAAAGCACAGAAGAGCAACUCCCUGACACUCUGGCAGAAGCAGAUAGAAGCCAUUUCCACAGAGAUUCAUGACUGUACUUUAGGAACUGAGCACCUUCUACGAGAAGUUGGCCAGAUCUAUGAAGCCCUGGAAGAAACCUCCUCCUCUAGAGACAGCCUUUUUCUCUGCCUCCCUCAGAUUGCUGCGGACCUGAUGAUAGCUGGGGUUCCCAUUGAGCUGAUGGAUGGGGAUGCUUCAUAUGUGCCUCUAAAGUGGGUAGCAGCUAUUUUUGACAAGAUCUCAGAGAAAGUUGGAGAAAAAAAGCUGUUUGUUCUCUGUGUCCUUGGCCUGCAGAGCUCAGGGAAGUCUACCCUGCUGAAUGCCCUGUUUGGCCUACAAUUCACAGUCAGUGCAGGCAGGUGUACCAAGGGGGCCUACAUGCAGCUCCUGAAGGUGGACGAGACAUUCACAAACGAACUUGGCUUUCAUUAUGUGCUUGUUGUAGACACAGAAGGACUUCGGGCUCCAGAACUCAACAACAAAUCUCAGAAUUGGGACCAUGAAUUGGCAACAUUAGUCAUUGGCCUUGGAAACUUGACUCUGAUCAAUAUUUUUGGGGAGAAUCCCUCAGACAUUCAGGACAUCCUACAAAUAUCUGUUCAAGCAUUUAUGAGAAUGAAACAAGUGAAAAUCUCCCCCAGUUGCCUCUUUGUCCAUCAAAAUGUGGGAGAAGUUACAGCAAAAGACCAAACUAUGGAAGGACGGAGGAGACUGGAGCAGAAACUGGAUGAAAUGACAACAUUGGCUGCUGAGUUGGAAGAGUGCUCAAACAUAACCCGCUUCAGUGAUGUCAUUAAGUUUGAUGCCAAUCGCCAUGUCUACUACUUUGCUCACCUCUGGGAUGGCAAUCCCCCAAUGGCCCCUCCCAAUCCUCGAUAUAGCUACAAUGUCCAGGAACUAAGGAAUGAAAUUCUUUCAACUGCCCAGCAGGAAUCUAGGGGAAGGAUCUUAAAAAUCUCAGAUUUCAAAUUCAGAGUUCAAGAUUUGUGGAAAGCUCUUGUCAGUGAGAACUUCAUUUUCAGUUUCAGGAACACCCAAGAAGUCAUAGCCAUGAGCAAACUGGAAACCAUGUAUAGCCACUGGACCUGGGAGCUGAGGAGUCAUGUACUGGACUUACAGAAUCAGCUGAACAAUCAGAUUCAAAAUGGGAAACUCAUGACACUCACAUCUAAUUUACUGGAGGAUCCACUUAGCAAGAAAUAUAAAACUAUCAAAGAAGAAUUUGACAAAUAUUUUGAAGAAGACCCAGAUAGUGAAAUAUUGGUUCAGUGGAAAGCAAAUUUUGAACACAAGCUACUAAUCCUUAAAGAUGCACUUAUUUCAGACACCAGAAGGAAAUGCAAUGAACAUAUCAGUCUUAAAAAAAGCCAAGAAAUACUUGAUAACCAGAAGUCACAGUAUGAAAAUCAGUUGUUAGAGAGGAGCAGAAAGUUAGCUUUAAAUUUGAAGGGUAAGGAAUUAAGUGAUGAAGAGUUGCAUGAGAAAUUCAGUCAGCUUUGGACAAGUUGGAUCUAUAAUGUAUCUUCCAAUGUUCCUCAUGUCACCGAGCCUAACAUUGAUUUGGACUCUGAAAAUAUCCUUCUUGAAUAUUUCAAGGACAAAAAUAUUGUGGAAAGACUAAAAAUAAAGUCUAGAGAAACAUUCGAAAUAAGGUAUGACAAACAUAUUCAAAUGAAAAGAAAAAUUUUUUUUAAAAAGAGUUUAGAAACCUGUCAUGUUGAAUCCAUCAAAAAGACAACCAACAACAUUCAGCUAAAAUUUACAGAAACACUUAAAAAUAUUUGGAAGCAAAAGCGUGAUUACAGUCAGAAUUACUUUCAUGAAAUCUUGAAGAUCAUAGAAAAUGAGCUGAAAGCUGAACCCUGUGAGGAAGACUACACAUUUACCAGAGACUACAUCAUUGACUUAUCCUUGUACUUAUUCCAAAGAGCAUCCAAGGAUUUCAAGGAAAUGCACGAGGCAUUCAAGAGAGCAAAUGACCCUGUGAACUAUCUGGAGAAAAAAAAAGAUGAUUUCUUUAUGAGUUUUAAGAUCUCCUGCCAAGGUGCCACCUCAAUCACAUCCUUUGUUGACUUCCUAUGGCUCAAGCUCACACCUGCUAUCUCUGCCACCAUAUGGCAAAUAAUGGUUCAAAGAAUAGCCGGAGACAUGCGAGCCACCUGCCCUGAAUUCAAUGGAAACAGAGCUAACCUGGAGAAACAUAUGCUCUACUCUCUAGCAGAAGAAGAAAAUUUUGAUAAGUAUUGGCAAUACAUUCAUCACCCAGAAUCAUUUUUCAGGGAUUACAUUAGAGACCACAUAAAAAAAUACUGUUCAGAUAAAGAAAGUGAAAAAAUAAAAACUUUUUUAAACAUAAGUUUAGGUGACAUCAAGAAUACCAUCCUGUCUGCCAUUCAUAUGUCCACAAAGGUAGCUAAAGCUAAAGGCAGCACUGCAUCUGGCUGGCUGGAUUUGUUCUGUGACCACCUAGGGAGCAACCUCAUCUUCCCAAGGAGAGACCUGGUAAGCAUCGAGCACCAGGAGAUAACAGAUACUGAGUUUCUCAAAGAAGCCAUGAGCAGAGCUUUGGAUCCUGCAAUGAGGAAAGUAGAAGAGGAUUGUUCAAGUAAGCCCAUGGAUGAAAUUGUUCCUGACACUGAGAAAAUUCUCUCUGAGCAUCUCUGUGGCUGCUGGAAACAGUGUCCUUUUUGUAAGGCAAUUUGUACAAACACCAUUUCUGAGCAUGAAGGAGACCACAGUGUGCCAUUCCACCGUCCUCAGGCUGUCAGGGGUGUUUAUUAUCAUAAAACAGACCUCUUCGUCACUGAUUUUUGUACUAGUGCUGUAGCAAGUGAUUCUUCCUUCAUUUUAGAUGAUGUCCGGGAAUUCCCAUACAAGAAAUAUCGAGAGGCAGGAGAUAAUUUUGCCACCUGGAGCAUCACCCCAGACUCAUCUACCCAGCCAUAUUGGAAAUGGUUUAUUUGUCAUUUCAGAUCAAAGCUAGAAGAGAAAUAUGGCAAAAAUUUUAAAGGGAUAGGUAGUCUUCCAGAAUUAUGGACUAAAAUCAUGAAGCAAGAAGUCCUGAAUGACUUAAAAAAAUAAUAGUUGCCACAGACAGAACACUAGAUGGGCCACAGAAAUUUUACUUUAGCCAAGGGAGCCUAAUGGAGAACACAAUGCAGGAGGAGAUGCAUUAGGCAGGUGAGCUUCCUUGAGAUGGCCCACUCUAUUGGGCAAUUUUCCUGCAGACGGAUAUGAAGUUAAACUUUAAAAAAUAAGAUUGUUUAUAUGAAUUAAUGAUUUUAUAGAAUUCCUGAAUUGAUUUAAAUAGUUUUAGGGAGUUAGGGUAAAUGAUAGAAAGUGUAAGGAGAUGGCUUCAGUUGUUCUGCUAAAUAGAUAUGAUAAAGUUAGAAUUAAGAGCAGAAUGUGACCCUUCCCUACAUAGGUUUGAAAAGGAGUACAGUGAGCUUUCAUGCAUUGCAAGUAUAUAAUAGUGGUUAGAAGAAUAAAAUAGGCUUGGGACAAGUUAAUGCUCAAAACAUUCAUUCUAGGUUGGGUCUGAGUUUCUGGGUUUUGUGGUCUAGAGAUGUAGUCACAGGUUUUAGUGGGCACCAUAAAAAGGCAAGGUAAUGAACAAGAUGUAAAUAAUUCUACUAUUAGUAUAGAAUAGAGAAUAGAUGAUUAUCCAGUCUACCUGAACAAUCAAAAAUAAGAUGUAAGAGAUUGUUUCUUGCUAAAUACAGAUUGAUCAUCUAAGCAUAUGGAAAACUUGCUACUGUAGACAUGGCUUGCUUAAACUUUGUUAAUCAAUAACAGAAGAAUUAUGCCUUUAGGUUUGCUAAGGAGAAAAAAUGAGAGAAAAAAGAAAAAAUAUAUAAAAAAAUAAAAAAAGAUGAAAGUUAGAUGAGAAAUGUUUAGGUAUGAGUUUCAAAAGAGGAAUACACAAUUAAUACUCCUGUUAUAAUUUCCACUUGUGUGAUGAUUUUAUUGUCUUAUUGAAGAACAUGUGUUUUGGUGAUUGUUUUUAAAAAAUUUGCAACUUGUGUCUAUGAGGUAAUUUUUGUCAAACAUAGAGAACUUUGUCUUAGAUGGUGUUAAAAGGCUAAGAGAAAAAUAACGUUGUUAGAGCUCACUUGUUGGAACUUGCUUCAUCCACCAUGUGUGUGCGCAUGUGCCAGCUUUACAUUGUCUCCAAUCACAUAUGCUCUCCUUGGAUCAUUGACAUAGCUAGUCUUCAACAUCCUCAUAUCAAUUUAGGUUGCAUUAUAAAUUAAAUAAGUAAAAAUAAAUUAGUUACUAUUGCAAUACUUGAAGAUUUUCUACGAAAAUGAUUUUACUUCCCUCUGAUUUGUUAUCUCCUGCUUUAU